GUUGCCGCGGGAAACAUGCCAAUAACAAUCCUCACAAUAUUUUUUGGUGAAUGGUCACUCUCAGACAACGGUUGUAUUGUAUUUGGGUAUUCAAAUAUGUUAACAUUAGUAUUGAGCGUAAUGUCAUUGUGUAAUAUAAGUAUAAACAGAUACAUUAUGGUGUGUAAACCUUUCUACUUCAAAACAGUAUAUACAAAACGGAACGCUAUAAAAAUGAUAUGUAGUUGUGUUAGUGUUUCCAUAGUUUUAUCGUUACCACCGCUUGUUGGAUGGGCUGAAUACUCUUACAUCCCUGCACAACAUUUUUGUUUUUGUAAUUGGGCAAAAGCUCCGUCGUAUGCAUUUUUUAUGAUAGGUUGUUGUUUUGGUAUACCAUUUACAGUUAUGUCUAUAUGUAACAUACUUAUCUUUCGAACUGUACGAGCUAGUAAGAGUCGCGUGGCAGCUGCUAAAUCAAAAAGUUUUUCAAACAGUCAACAUAGAGGAAGCUUAAAAUCUACCAUUGUGACGCAGGCGUCUUCAAUCCUUCCGGAACCUUCGACAGUGUCAUCUUCACAUACCGAUAAAACAUUAUUAUACAUCGCUAAUCGUAAUCAUAACAAUAGAACAGCUGUUACCUUGGAAAAUCUAUCUACUAUAGACGAUGUAAAGGUGAAUGUAUCAACAGUCAAUUCCAAUUCAAAUAGACUGUCAGUUGUAAAAUCAAAACAGCAGCAGAAAAUCAUAAGACAUGCGACAGACAAAGCACGGUCAGAUGAAAUACGUCUCGCUCUCGCUCUUGCCAUUGUUGUUAUUAUGUUUGUAGUUUGUUGGCUACCGUUUUGUAUAAGUAUGUUAAUAGGCAUAUUUAGUCCAAAUGCUGCGUCUGAUAAAUUUCAUAUGUGGACGUUGUUAAUUGGUUAUUCCAAUAGUUGUAUGAAUCCGGUUAUUUAUGGUGCUUUGAACAAAAAGUUUGGUGAAGGGUUUAGAGACAUUUUUUGUCGAUUUUGCAAAAGAUAAAGAAAUUGUUAUUGUUUACUGUUAUUGAACAAAUUCUUCGA